UGCCUCCGUCUGUCUGCAUCUUCAUCGGCGCUCAGCUCCGUCCCAGCAGGGAGCCGCAGGAUUUCACCAGGAGGAUAAUGACCACAGGUCCAGCCUGCUGCCGUUUCUCAUAGCUCUGGUCUCUGUUCUUCACGAAGCGGCCCGGUCCGGUCCGGUGGAGCGGCUGUGCUUCGGCUCAGGGUGCGUGCUAGUUUCACCUGAAGAUGGGGUGGCAGCGCUUGUUGCCCCUGUGUGUCCUCCUGGGGGCGCUGUUCGCAGGGCUCCCCACUGAACUCCAUGCUCAGGACGCACCAGAUUCAACUGACCUAAUAUUCUUAAUUGAUGGAUCACUGAACGUUGGAGCAGCUAACUUCCCCUAUGUGCGUGAUUUGGUUACGAGAAUCGUUGAGCGCCUGUCUGUGAGCAGGGACGGCAUUAGGGUGGCCUUGGUCCAGUACAACGCCGACCCACAAAUAAAGUUCUAUCUGAAUAGCUAUUAUGAGAAGUCGUCGGUCCUGGAGGCGGUGAAGGGUCUGAGCUUCUCGGGCGAGGAUGAGUCCAACCUGGGGGCGGCCCUGGAGGAGGUGGCUGACAGCCUGCUGGGCGAGUCGGCCGGAGGCCGGGCAGAGGAGGGCGCGCCCCAGGUUUUGGUGGUCAUCAGUGCCGGAGCGUCCAGUGACGACACCGGCGCCGGCCACCGGGCCCUCAUCAGGGCCGGUGUGGUCACUUUAGGGGUGGCGGUCGGUGCCGAUGCUGCUGCAGAGCUGGAAGAGGUGGCCACAGAUAAAAGCUUUGUGCUGAAAGCUGACAGUUUCAGAGAUCUGACCGCCGCCGAUGAUAAUCUCUAUGGCUACAUUAACGGCUUGGCGACGCGCUCCAUUAUAUUUCACAAUGAAUUCACUGAAGUCGUAACGGUUGGAGAACGAGACAUCAUUUUCCUGAUCGACAGCACAAUGGGAACGGCGGUCAUCAACACUGUGAAGGAAUACAUCAGGCGCUUCGUCAGCACCAAGGAAAUCGGUCCGAACGCAGUCCAAGUGGGCAUCGCCCAGUUCACCACUGACACCAGGCUGGUCAUGGACCUCCAAACCCAUGCGACCAAAGAAUCGCUGCUCAGCGGUUUGGCGACUAUCAGACCCAGACAGGGACAGACCAUCAACAUCGGAGCAGCCUUGGACUUCGUGCGGCUGAACAUGCUGAGGCCUGAGAAGGGCAGCCGCAUGGGCCGCGGCGUUCCUCAGCUCCUGUUGCUGAUUGUCAGCAAGCGGUCCAGCGACAGCGUGGCGGGGCCGGCUCAGGCUCUGGAGAACCUGCGCGUUCUGACGCUGGCCGCGGGCUCCAGGGCCGCCGCUGAGGCCGAGUUGAAACAGAUCGCCUUUCCCGAAAGCAUGGUGUUCAUAUCAAAGGACUUCAGACAGCUGUUUCGCAACGCCAGGGAGAUAACCGAUGCCCUCUCAACGCUUUCUGGGCGGAUGGUUGAACCUCCCACUGAUCCAGUGGUGAUCACCACGGUGCAGACGCAGAGAGUGUUUCGAGACAUCGUGUUCCUUGUGGAUGGAUCAAACUACGUGGGGAGCAACAACUUGCCAUUUGUGAGAGACUUCAUGAUCAACAUCGUCAAUCAGCUGAACAUAAGUCCUGAGCAGGUCCAGAUUGGACUCAUGCAGUUUGCGGAGGAGCCAAGGAUCGAAUUUUACCUGAACACCUACAACAACAAGCAAGACGUCGUGGAAAAAAUCUCUCAACUCAGGCUGACUGGAGGCUCGGUGCUGAAUACUGGAGCUGCCAUGAGUUAUGCUUUGGACAACAUGUUCCAGACAUCAUCUGGGUCACGCAAACUCCAGGGCGCAGUGCAAGUGCUGAUCCUGAUCACUGGUGGCCCCCUGCAGGAUGAUGCUAGAAACGAGGCUGAUAGAUUGGCUGUGGGAAGUAUUUUGACUUUUACAGUGAGUUCUGGGCAAGCUGACCAAGAAGAAAUGGAAAAGAUUGCCUUUAUUCCCACCCUGGCCUAUCACAAACAGAGCUUCUUUGAGUUACCAGCCUUGGCCGAUGAUAUCAUGCCGAGUCUAAUAUCUGUGGUUGGUGACAUUGUAGUUGAUCAACCAGCAGAGAUUGAGAUUACUGGAAGUGAAAGAGAUGUUGCCUUCCUGAUUGAUGGGACUGACGGUGUUCGAGGAGACUUUCCCCACAUCCGGGAUUUCAUCCUCAAAGUGAUUGAACCACUUGACAUUGGGUUCAACAAAGUACGCGUCUCUGUGGUUCAGCACAGCGAGAGACCCACCCCGGUCUUCUACCUCAACACUUAUCAAACCAAAGAGGAGGUGAUAAGAGCUAUUCAGGGGAUGGCUCUGGCUGGUGGACGCAGCCUGAACACAGGAGCCGCUCUGAGAUACAUGAAGGCCACCGUCAUGUCUGACAGCAACGGCAGCCGCGCUGCUCAAAACGUCCCUCAGUUUCUGAUUGUUUUGGCUGCAGACAGAUCCAUGGACAGCGUAAAGGAACCCGCUGGGGAACUGAAGACGGACGGAGUUGUACCGUUUGGUGUUGGUGUCAAAAAUGCAGACAAGAAGCAGAUUGAGGCCAUAGCGCACAACCCUUCGUUUGCUUUCAAUGUGAAGGAAUUCAGGGAACUGGAACCCUUACCGCCCAGGAUCAACACCUAUGUUUCCCUUCCGAAGGACGAGCUGGCAGCUGCCCUACGGCAAGUGCAAAAUGAUGCUGUAAAAAGAGAUAUUGUGUUCCUGCUGGAUGGGUCUGAUAACACCAGAGACGGAUUCACAGACAUAAAGAGUUUUGUUAAAAACAUAGUGGGGCGCCUCUAUGUUGACGAGGGCCUUGACAGAGUGUCUGUGGUUCAGUUUGCUGACAGACCCACGGUCGGCUUUCAUCUAAAUUCCCACAACACCAAGAGUGACAACAUGAACGCCAUUGAUAACUUAGCACACAAAGGUGGGAGGCGACUCAAUGUUGGUGCCGCUCUCCAGUUCGUAAGGCACAGGGUCUUCACGUCGUCCACGGGCAGCAGGAGGCUGGAAGGAGUGCCUCAGACUUUAAUCCUCCUCACUAGCAAACCGUCUGCAGACAGUGUGAAAGGACCAGCAUUUGCCCUUAAAGAGCAUGAAAUUGUGGCAGUUGGGGUUGGAGUGGCAGACGCUAACCUUGCAGAAUUGGAAAUGAUUGAAUUUAAACCUGGCUUUGCAUUCAAGGUCACUGACUUUUCCAGUUUAAACUCAAUCCAAACACAAGUUCUCUCUGCACUGAACAUACAUCAAGACAAUCAGGAAACCAAGAAUGGGAUUUCUGACUUAGUAGUUGACACGUUCAGCAGUAAGAGGGACGUAGUGUUUCUCCUUGACGGAUCAGACGAUUCCAGAAACGGACUUCCAGCUUUCCGAGAGUUUCUCAGAAGAAUGGCAGAAGAGCUGGAUGUUGGCAAAGAUGGCGUUCGGUUAGCUGUUGUGCAGUACAGUGAUGAUGCCACGGUUUACUUUAACCUGGCAACCCACAAAACCAAAAAGGCAGUUAUCUAUGCCAUCAGGGCGCUUCGACAUAAAGGAGGAAGAACUCGUAACACCGGCGCUGCGCUGGAGUUUGUGCGAAGACAUGUUUUUUCAGCGACCUCUGGCAGCAGGCGCCUGGAGGGAGUCCCUCAGGUCCUGGUCGUGAUGACCGGUGGUACGUCCAGUGACGAUGUCUCCAGCGCUGCUUUGGACCUGAAGCAAGUUGGAGUUUUUUCUUUCGUCAUUGGAAUGAAAGAUGCUGACCAGGAGGAACUUGAGAAAAUUGCCUCCUCCUCCAGGUUUCUUUUCAACUUUCCUGUCUUCAGUGAACUUCUGUCCAUUCAGCCUGAGAUGGCUGCAUUCAUCCAGACUGAAGUACAAACUCAGCCUCCUUCUGGCGUGGUUGAGCUAGAGUCUCCUGAAAGAGACAUUGUGUUUCUGUUGGACGGCUCCGAUGACACGCUGAGUGGCUUCCCAGCGAUGAAAACUUUUGUCCAACAAGUAGUAGAAACCCUCAGUGUUGGUGAAAACAAAGACCGUGUUUCUGUGGUUCAGUACAGCCAAGAUCAACAAACACAUUUCAGUCUGAACACCUACACAGACAAACAAGCUGUUCUGAAUGCAGUCCGACAGCUGGACCAUAGAGGGGGCCAACCCCGAAAUACUGGCGGAGCUCUGGAGCAGGUGAGGAGGAACGCUUUCGCAGAAUCCUCAGGGAGUCGAUACAAGGAGGGAGUCCCUCAGAUACUGAUUCUGUUGACUGGGGGAAGAUCCGGAGACGAUGUCACAAGAGCUGCUGCAGAUCUGAAAAAGGAAAAAGUUGUUCCUUUCUGCGUCGGAACAAAAACUGCUGACAUUUUAGAGCUCCAAUCGGUUGCUCACAACCCAUCCUAUGCCUUCUCUGUUCUUACAUUUGAUGACAUUGGAAGCAUUCAUCAGCAGCUUGUGUCUUUGGUGCAAAGGGUGCCACGGCAACAGCCCAGAGAAAGAGCACUUAAUGCUUUAGGUUCCACGCAACAAAGAGAGUUCAUGCAACGAGACAUUGUGUUUUUAAUGGAUUCCUCUGAUGAAAUGUUGAGUGACUUCACACAAGUGCGUGGCUUUGUUCAGCAGAUGGUGGAGAAACUCACUGUAGGUGAGAGGAAAGAUCAAGUUUCUGUGGUUCAAUACAGCAAUGAACCUUCUGUUGAGUUUCUCCUGAACACACACAAAUCACAGCAGAGCGCUGCCGACAGUUUAAAAACGAUCAGACACAAAGGAGGCAGGUCGCGCAACACAGGUGCAGCUCUGAAUUACGUCAAGGAAAAUGUUUUCACACCUUCCUCUGGAAGUAGACGCCAACAAGGAGUCCCUCAGACUCUGGUUCUUCUGACUAGCGGACGGUCAAAUGACGAUGUCAGGAAAGCUGCGGAAAACCUAAAAGAAAUUGGUGUGAUGAUGUUUGUGGUGGGAAUAAAGAAUGCAGACAUCCUUGAGAUGCAGUCCAUUUCCCAGGAAGCCAGUCAUGCUUUCCUUGCAGCAGAUUCCAGUGACAUGUCAGACACUGAACAAGAAAUCCUCACAUCCAUUCAGACGGGUAAGAAGUAUGUUGCCACAACAGCGUCUUAUGAUCCCAGCAGCAGAGACAUUGUGUUUCUGAUUGAUGGCUCGGAUGAUUCUCAGCGAAGAUUCCCAGAUAUCACAGAUUUUGUCCAGAGAAUAGUGAGAGACUUAAGCGUUGGUCCCGACAGCGACCACGUGGCUGUGGUCCAGUACAGCAGCACCGCUGAGAUUAAUUUUAACCUGAGUCGCUACGUGAUUGAGGAUGAUGUUCUCAAAGCGGUUGAUGGUCUGACUCACAAAGGAGGUUAUCCUAAAAACAUUGGAGCUGCUCUCCAGUAUGUGAGAGACUAUGUCUUUACUCCAGAGUCAGGAAGUAGGAUCCAGCAGGGCGUCCCACAGAUACUAAUCCUGCUGAGCGGAGGAAGAUCUGGGGAUGACAUAAGAACCUCAGUAAGGUUGCUAAAGGAAAUGGGUGUUUCUAUAGUUGCCAUCGGGACUAGUGAUGCAGACACCUUAGAGCUUCAGACAAUAUCUCAUGAACCCAGAUAUGCACUCUCUGUUACCGACUACGAAGAACUUUCCACUGUCAAGCAGGAUGUGAUGUCUUUGUUGAGAGAGCCUUCCCAACAUGUGGUGCAUUCAGUAGAUUUUGAUUCAAAGAAAAGUGAUGUAGUUUUUCUAAUUGAUGGCUCAUAUGACUCAAGAAAUGGCUUUGAAGAAAUUCGAGCCUUUAUUCAAAGAAUUGUUGAAAAUUUAAACGUGAGUCAUAACGGAGACCAAGUAGCUGUUGUUCAAUACAGCCGUGACGCCACAGCUAAUUUCUACUUGAACUCCUAUUCAUCUAAGAGCGAUGUGCUCAGUUCCAUUAGAACGAUGAGGCAUAAGCUGGGACAGCCGCUUAACAUCGGUAAAGCACUGGAGUUUGUCAAGGACCAUGUCUUUGCUGCUUCAGUGGGAGGCAGAGGAGCCGAUGUGGCUUCUCAGCAUCUGUAUUUGUUUAGUGGUGGUAGGUCUGGAGAUGAUGUUAGAGGACCAGCACAGAUACUGAAAGCCAAGGGGAUAAAGACUUUGAGUAUUGGAACAAAGAAUGCCGAUACACUGGAAAUGCAAACAGUGGCUCACACACCUGGACAUUAUUUUUAUGUUCCAAGCUAUGAAAACCUGCAAAGAAUUUACACAUCUGUGGAAACCAAACUGAGGGACUCACAAGUAACCACUGAGUUCACAACUGACACUUCUACAGAUGUAGACACAGAUCAUCAGAAAGCUGAUAUUGUUUUCCUUGUUGACGGAUCCGAUAACAUGCAACCUAAUGAAAGACUAAUUUUGGAGUUUGUGACGGACUUUGUCAAGAAGUUAGAAAUUGGGCCAAGUAAAGCACAGGUUGCUUUGGUCCAGUACAGCACAGAACCCACUGCUGACUUUACCUUGAAUAAAUACUCACUGAAGGAGGACACCUUGAAUCACCUGAGCAAUGUGCAACUGAAAGGAGGUGGCUCAGUAAACACCGGCAGAGCCAUUGAUUUUGUGAGGAAUACGAUCUUCACUGCUUCAUCUGGAAGCCGGCUCCAGCAGGGAGUCCCACAGGUACUGAUUCUUGCAAGUGGGAGAAAGUCUGAGGAUGAUAUCUUACGCCCAGUGGGAAUGUUAAAAAAUGCUGGAAUUGUUCUAUUUGCUGUUGGAGUGGACAGUGCAGACAGGUUUGAGAUGGAGCAGUUGGCCCCAGGGGCGUGGUAUUUUCUCAGGGAAUCAUCUGAUUUUCCACUGGUGAGACAACAGCUGUUGUCAGCCACUGCCACUCUCAGAGGCUCUGUUAGCCCAGGGAUUGGUUCAAGCUCCACAAUGAAAAGAGAUAUUGUAUUUCUCAUUGAUGGAUCCGAUGACGUCAGGAACACAUUCAGCACCAUUCGUGAAUUUAUUGCAAACCUGGUUCAAAAUUUUGAUCUAGACCAUGAACAGGACAAAGUUGCUGUUGUGCAGUACAGCAACAAUGCUGAAAUCAGUUUCAGUCUCGAUUCCUAUGCCACAAAAGAUGAUGUUCUCCAGCACAUUGCGAGCCUUAAGCCAAAAGGCGGCCGACCUCAGUAUAUUGGGGCAGCUCUACAGUUUGUAAAAGACAAAGUUUUUGUCUCAAACGCUGGUGGACGAAAAAAUGAAGGGGCCAAGCAAAUACUCGUUGUAUUGGCUGGGGGAAGGUCAAGAGAUUCACCUCGGGGCCCGGCAACAGCACUAAAACGUGGGGGCGUUGUCAUAUUGGCAGUUGGCUCAAGACAGUCGAAUUCAGCUGAAAUGCAGGCCAUUUCAUCUGACACAGACUACACCUACUCUGUCCCUGACUUUGUAAAUCUGCCUCGUAUUCAACAACUUCUGAUGAGGCGACUUACUGGAAUGAAGAGUCAGGAGACGACAGAAGUGGUGAGACAGCAGCCAGCAGGAAGGGAUGUGGUGUUCUUGCUGGAUGGAUCUGACGGCACUAGAACUGGCUUCCCAGCAAUGCGAGACUUUGUCCAAAGGGUAGUAGAGACACUCAGUGUAGAUGACAACAAAGACCGUGUCUCAGUGGUUCAGUACAGCAGGGAUCCAGCUGUCCAGUUCUAUUUGAACACGUACGCGACAAAAGGAGAGAUCCUUGAUGCUGUCAGGGGUUUGAGGCACAAAGGCGGAAGACCCCUCAAUACGGGAGCAGCUCUCCAGUACUUGAGGGAUAACGUUUUCACUUCCUCUGCUGGAAGCAGGCGGCCGGAAGGAGUUCCACAGGUCCUAGUAUUGCUGAGUGGCGGAAAAUCAUUUGACACUGUUGACGCACCAGCCGCUGCCCUCAAACAGAUGGGCGUCUUGAUCUUUGCAAUUGGAAGUAGAGGCUCUGACAGCAGAGAAUUACAGAAAGUAUCCCACGAUCCCAAUUAUGCUCUGUCUGUGUCCGAAUUCACUGACCUUCCCAGUGUCCAACAGCAGCUUCAGGCCUCUGUGGAAGCUGUGGUUGUUGACGUCACCCCUGAGUCACCUACUGUACUCGUUGACACUGCCAAAAAGGAUAUUGUAUUCCUCCUCGAUGGUUCUGACGGCACAAGGAACGGCUUCCCUGCCAUGCGGGAUUUUGUCGAAAAAGUGGUGGAAAAGCUCAAUGUGGGAGAAAACAAAGACCGUGUUUCUGUGGUCCAAUUCAGCAGAGAAGCUGAAGUCCAUUUCUAUCUAAACACGUACAAUACAAAAGAGGAUACUGUGGAUGCAAUCAGAGGGCUUAGACACAGAGGAGGAAGACCCCUAAACACCGGGGCAGCCCUCCAAUAUGUCAGGGACAAUGUCUUUACAAACUCCUCGGGGAGUAGACAUCGGCAAGGUGUCAAACAAAUGUUGAUCCUGCUAACCGGGGGAAGGUCUUUUGACAAUGUUGACGCCCCAGCCUCUGCUCUCAAACAGCAGGGCGUGUUUGUGAUUGGUAUUGGAACAAGGACCUCUGAGAGUAGAGAGCUGCAGAAGUUAUCAUACGAGCCUACUUAUGCGCUAUCAGUCUCUGAAUUCACCGACCUCCCUAGUGUCCAAGCACAACUCUCCUCUGUCAUGAGCACAGCGCUAGCAAGGGUUACACCUUUGCCACCAACAGUGACGGUGGUGAGACAGCAGCCAGCAGGAAGGGAUGUGGUGUUCUUGCUGGAUGGAUCUGACGGCACUAGAACUGGCUUCCCAGCAAUGCGAGACUUUGUCCAAAGGGUAGUAGAGACACUCAGUGUAGAUGACAACAAAGACCGUGUCUCAGUGGUUCAGUACAGCAGGGAUCCAGCUGUCCAGUUCUAUUUGAACACGUACGCGACAAAAGGAGAGAUCCUUGAUGCUGUCAGGGGUUUGAGGCACAAAGGCGGAAGACCCCUCAAUACGGGAGCAGCUCUCCAGUACUUGAGGGAUAACGUUUUCACUUCCUCUGCUGGAAGCAGGCGGCCGGAAGGAGUUCCACAGGUCCUAGUAUUGCUGAGUGGCGGAAAAUCAUUCGACACUGUUGACGCACCAGCCGCAGCCCUCAAACAGAUGGGCGUCUUGAUCUUUGCAAUUGGAAGUAGAGGCUCUGACAGCAGAGAAUUACAGAAAGUAUCCCACGAUCCCAAUUAUGCUCUGUCUGUGUCCGAAUUCACUGACCUUCCCAGUGUCCAACAGCAGCUUCAGGCCUCUGUGGAAGCUGUGGUUGUUGACGUCACCCCUGAGUCACCUACUGUACUCGUUGACACUGCCAAAAAGGAUAUUGUAUUCCUCCUCGAUGGUUCUGACGGCACAAGGAACGGCUUCCCUGCCAUGCGGGAUUUUGUCGAAAAAGUGGUGGAAAAGCUCAAUGUGGGAGAAAACAAAGACCGUGUUUCUGUGGUCCAAUUCAGCAGAGAAGCUGAAGUCCAUUUCUAUCUAAACACGUACAAUACAAAAGAGGAUACUGUGGAUGCAAUCAGAGGGCUUAGACACAGAGGAGGAAGACCCCUAAACACGGGGGCAGCCCUCCAAUAUGUCAGGGACAAUGUCUUUACAACCUCCUCGGGGAGUAGACAUCGGCAAGGUGUCAAACAAAUGUUGAUCCUGCUAACCGGGGGAAGGUCUUUUGACAAUGUUGACGCCCCAGCCUCUGCUCUCAAACAGCAGGGCGUGUUUGUGAUUGGUAUUGGAACAAGGACCUCUGACAGUAGAGAGCUGCAGAAGUUAUCAUACGAGCCUACUUAUGCGCUAUCAGUCUCUGAAUUCACCGACCUCCCUAGUGUCCAAGCACAACUCUCCUCUGUCAUGAGCACAGCGCUAGCAAGGGUUACACCUUUGCCACCAACAGUGACGGUGGUGAGACAGCAGCCAGCAGGAAGGGAUGUGGUGUUCUUGCUGGAUGGAUCUGACGGCACUAGAACUGGCUUCCCAGCAAUGCGAGACUUUGUCCAAAGGGUAGUAGAGACACUCAGUGUAGAUGACAACAAAGACCGUGUCUCAGUGGUUCAGUACAGCAGGGAUCCAGCUGUCCAGUUCUAUUUGAACACGUACGCGACAAAAGGAGAGAUCCUUGAUGCUGUCAGGGGUUUGAGGCACAAAGGCGGAAGACCCCUCAAUACGGGAGCAGCUCUCCAGUACUUGAGGGAUAACGUUUUCACUUCCUCUGCUGGAAGCAGGCGGCCGGAAGGAGUUCCACAGGUCCUAGUAUUGCUGAGUGGCGGAAAAUCAUUCGACACUGUUGACGCACCAGCCGCAGCCCUCAAACAGAUGGGCGUCUUGAUCUUUGCAAUUGGAAGUAGAGGCUCUGACAGCAGAGAAUUACAGAAAGUAUCCCACGAUCCCAAUUAUGCUCUGUCUGUGUCCGAAUUCACUGACCUUCCCAGUGUCCAACAGCAGCUUCAGGCCUCUGUGGAAGCUGUGGUUGUUGACGUCACCCCUGAGUCACCUACUGUACUCGUUGACACUGCCAAAAAGGAUAUUGUAUUCCUCCUCGAUGGUUCUGACGGCACAAGGAACGGCUUCCCUGCCAUGCGGGAUUUUGUCGAAAAAGUGGUGGAAAAGCUCAAUGUGGGAGAAAACAAAGACCGUGUUUCUGUGGUCCAAUUCAGCAGAGAAGCUGAAGUCCAUUUCUAUCUAAACACGUACAAUACAAAAGAGGAUACUGUGGAUGCAAUCAGAGGGCUUAGACACAGAGGAGGAAGACCCCUAAACACCGGGGCAGCCCUCCAAUAUGUCAGGGACAAUGUCUUUACAACCUCCUCGGGGAGUAGACAUCGGCAAGGUGUCAAACAAAUGUUGAUCCUGCUAACCGGGGGAAGGUCUUUUGACAAUGUUGACGCCCCAGCCUCUGCUCUCAAACAGCAGGGCGUGUUUGUGAUUGGUAUUGGAACAAGGACCUCUGACAGUAGAGAGCUGCAGAAGUUAUCAUACGAGCCUACUUAUGCGCUAUCAGUCUCUGAAUUCACCGACCUCCCUAGUGUCCAAGCACAACUCUCCUCUGUCAUGAGCACAGCGCUAGCAAGGGUUACACCUUUGCCACCAACAGUGACGGUGGUGAGACAGCAGCCAGCAGGAAGGGAUGUGGUGUUCUUGCUGGAUGGAUCUGACGGCACUAGAACUGGCUUCCCAGCAAUGCGAGACUUUGUCCAAAGGGUAGUAGAGACACUCAGUGUAGAUGACAACAAAGACCGUGUCUCAGUGGUUCAGUACAGCAGGGAUCCAGCUGUCCAGUUCUAUUUGAACACGUACGCGACAAAAGGAGAGAUCCUUGAUGCUGUCAGGGGUUUGAGGCACAAAGGCGGAAGACCCCUCAAUACGGGAGCAGCUCUCCAGUACUUGAGGGAUAACGUUUUCACUUCCUCUGCUGGAAGCAGGCGGCCGGAAGGAGUUCCACAGGUCCUAGUAUUGCUGAGUGGCGGAAAAUCAUUCGACACUGUUGACGCACCAGCCGCAGCCCUCAAACAGAUGGGCGUCUUGAUCUUUGCAAUUGGAAGUAGAGGCUCUGACAGCAGAGAAUUACAGAAAGUAUCCCACGAUCCCAAUUAUGCUCUGUCUGUGUCCGAAUUCACUGACCUUCCCAGUGUCCAACAGCAGCUUCAGGCCUCUGUGGAAGCUGUGGUUGUUGACGUCACCCCUGAGUCACCUACUGUACUCGUUGACACUGCCAAAAAGGAUAUUGUAUUCCUCCUCGAUGGUUCUGACGGCACAAGGAACGGCUUCCCUGCCAUGCGGGAUUUUGUCGAAAAAGUGGUGGAAAAGCUCAAUGUGGGAGAAAACAAAGACCGUGUUUCUGUGGUCCAAUUCAGCAGAGAAGCUGAAGUCCAUUUCUAUCUAAACACGUACAAUACAAAAGAGGAUACUGUGGAUGCAAUCAGAGGGCUUAGACACAGAGGAGGAAGACCCCUAAACACGGGGGCAGCCCUCCAAUAUGUCAGGGACAAUGUCUUUACAACCUCCUCGGGGAGUAGACAUCGGCAAGGUGUCAAACAAAUGUUGAUCCUGCUAACCGGGGGAAGGUCUUUUGACAAUGUUGACGCCCCAGCCUCUGCUCUCAAACAGCAGGGCGUGUUUGUGAUUGGUAUUGGAACAAGGACCUCUGACAGUAGAGAGCUGCAGAAGUUAUCAUACGAGCCUACUUAUGCGCUAUCAGUCUCUGAAUUCACCGACCUCCCUAGUGUCCAAGCACAACUCUCCUCUGUCAUGAGCACAGCGCUAGCAAGGGUUACACCUUUGCCACCAACAGUGACGGCGGAAUCACAAGGCCCAAGAAAAGACGUCGUCUUCCUUAUUGAUGGAUCGGAUGGUGUUGGGCGAGAAUUUGCUAUCAUCCAAGAGUUCAUCCGCAGAGUGGUCGAGAGUCUCAACGUGGGUGAAAACAAGAUCCGAAUUGGUGUGGUCCAGUAUGGUGACUCUGCCAAGGCUGACAUGCAUCUCAAUACAUAUACAACAAAAGAAGGAGUCCUAAACGGCAUCAGAGAAAUGAGACAGAUUGGAGGAAGACAGCGGAACCUUGGCCAAGCAUUGCAGUUUCUCAGUCAGAACGUUAUGAUACCAGCACGAGGUAGCAGGAAGCAAGAAGGUGUGCCACAGUUUGCUAUCGUUGUGUCCAGUAGGCCCUCAACAGAUGAUAUCACUCGUCAAGCCUCUUCCCUCAAGCAAUCUGGAGUCAUCUCAUUCAGCAUUGGCACAAGGGAGAUCAACCCCACAGAACUACAAGUAGUGUCAUAUGUCCCAAAUUUCUCCUUUACUGUUGAUGACCUCCCCGGCUUGUACAUAGUCCAAGAAAAUCUCAUCAACACAAUAACAGAGUUAUCAGACGAGGAUAUUGCAAAGUUGAGACCUCAAUUCCCAAUAUAUGAAGAAUUCACACCACCAGCAGCAACAGGAGAUAAGAGGGAUGUUGUCUUUCUGAUUGAUGGCUCUUCUGCAACACGUACUGAGUUCCCAUCCGUCCGUGACAUGAUCAGAAGAGUUGUGGAGCAGCUGGAUGUAGGACUGGACAGGGUCAGAGUCUCAGUUGUACAGUACAGCGACGAUCCGAAGCCAGAAUUCCUCCUCAACGAACACUCCACCAAAGCCGAAGUCCGGCAGGCUGUGAUGAAACUCAGAAGCAGCGGUGGAAAUCGCCUCAACACGGGCCGGGCUCUUGAAUGGGUCUCCAGGAACAUCUACCAGAGAUCUGCAGGAAGCCGCAUCGAGGAAGGCGUGCCUCAGUUCCUCAUUCUGGUCACAGGCGGCAGGUCUUCAGAUGAUGUGUCCACACAAGCCAACCAGUUAAAGAGAAAUCAGGUUGCACCCCUUGCCAUUGGUUCAAGAAACGCAGAUCUAAAUGAGCUGAGACAGAUUUCCUUAAAGCCAGAGCUUGUGUACUCUGUUGACACUUUUCAACAACUUCCAAGAGUGGAACCACAACUCAUUAAUUCAGUCCAAACAAUAUCCACCACUGACAUUAUCAGAAGUUAUAUUCCAACAGUGGAUAUAGCCACCCUAGAUCUUGGGAAAAAGGACAUCAUCUUCCUCAUUGAUGGCUCAGACACCACAGGUCCCAAUGGGAUUGUCCAUAUUCGAGACUUUAUCGUCAGCAUUGUCCAACAGCUAGAUGUGCAGCCUGAUAAAGUUCGUGUUGCUGUUGUCCAGUACGCAGACAGAGCUAAAACCGAGUUCUCACUCAAUACCCACAACAACAAGCAGGCUGUGCUGUCUGCUGUCAAACGCCUUCGUCAGAUGGGCGGACGCUCCUCUCAGCUGGCCAACGCCAUUGAUCAUGUCUUAGAGAACGAGGUCAAACCAUUGGCUGGCGUUCGUCUGUCUGACGCCUCCCAGCAUCUUGUGGUUCUCACAGGAGGACCGUCCUCCCAACCAGUUUCUAUCUCUGGACCGCUGCUGAAGAACAAGAGGGUGAACUGCAUUGGUGUUGGGACUGGCAACGCUGACAGAUCUCAGCUAAGUCAAAUUGCCACGUCGUCAGAAGAUGUUGUUACAGUGCCUACAUUCCCCAACUUACCGACAGCAAAAGACAAGGUUAUUUCCAGACUGAGAGGCUCCACAGGGACUGUUUUCCCCACAUAUGUUUAUCCAACGGAAGAUCUGCCACAACCCAAAAAGGCUGACAUAGUAUUCCUAAUGGAUGGAUCCAUCAACCUGGGCCAGAGCAACUUCAACAACGUCAGGGACUUCAUCAUGAAUCUUAUUGAUCUGUUCUACAACGAGAGAGACAACCUACGAAUCGGCCUUGCGCAGUAUGCCACAGAUGUGAGCGACGCCUUUUUCCUCAACACCUACAGCAACAGGGACAACGUCAUCGAAGCUAUCGGCAAGAUAGAAUACAAAGGCGGACGCAGAAUCAUGACGGGCGACGCCAUUCGCCACGUGCAAGAUGUCCAUUUUAGCAAGCAGAGAGGCAGUAGGAAAGAUGAAGGUACUCCUCAGAUCCUCAUGCUUGUCACAGGAGGUCGCUCACAGGAUGACGGGAAGACGGCCGCGCUGGGCCUGAAGAACAAAGGUGUAAGGAUCUUCGCUGUUGGAGUGGGCGACAUUCAGGAUGAGCUGGAAAACCUUGCGAGUCAGUCGUCUACUGUGGCCCGAGCACAGACCUUCCAGGAGCUGUCAGAGCUCAAUGAACAAAUCCUGGAGGCUUUGGAUGAUGAAGUGAAGGAGACAUAUUGCAUUGAAACACAACCAGCCAAACCUUGCAAUGUCGAGGUGUUAGUUGGCUUUGAUGUGUCUGGCCAGAACAUCUUCAGCACUCAAAGUAACCUUCAGAGCAAGAUGAACACCAUUCUGCAGAGAAUUUCCAAAAUGGCCCCCAUCAGUUGCUCCGGAGGGCAGAACCCCUCCAUCCAGGUGGGCCUGCUGGCCUUGGACUCUGCCUCCAAGCCGGUCCAAAUCGACUUCAAGGACAACCCUGAUGAGCUGUUUGAGGCCUUCAGAGGCCUGCGGAGUCAGGGCCCCUUCAUCCUGAAUACUCAGACCAUCCAAGCCUACAUGAACCGGUUCCGAGUCAGACAAGCCGACACCAUCAAGGUCAUCAUUCAUCUGACGGACGGUCUUGAUGCUCCAUACGCUGAAAUGAAGAGACGAGUUGAGGAGCUACAUCGGUCGGGAGUCAACAGUUUCAUUCUGGUUGGGCUGGAGCGGGUGGAGCAGUUUGAAGAGGCUUUGCUGUUGGAAUUUGGCCGCGGCUUUAGGUACACAAGGCCCUUAAAACUCAACGUCAUGGACCUGGACUAUGAACUUAUGGAGGAACUGAGCAACAUCGCAGAGAGGGAGUGCUGUGGCGUUCCAUGCAAAUGUACUGGGAACCGAGGAGACCGAGGGGGCGUGGGCCUGCCUGGGAUUAAGGGUAGUCCGGGAUUACCAGGAAGCCCGGGACAUCCUGGUGACGAGGGUGGACCAGGAGAAAGAGGUCCUCCUGGUGUUAACGGUACUCAGGGCUUCCAGGGAUGUCCUGGACAGAGAGGUGUCAAGGGAUCUCGUGGGUUCUCAGGAGAAAAGGGUGAAUUAGGAGAACUUGGGCUUGAUGGCAUCAAUGGAGAAGAAGGGAAAAGUGGAGUUGCUGGACCUCCAGGUGACAGAGGAAACCCUGGCAGGAGAGGUGCUAAAGGAGCCAAAGGACAAGGAGGCGACAUAGGACAAAUGGGAAUCAGAGGAGACCCUGGGACGAGGGGGCGAGAUAACAACAGUCCGGGACCUAAAGGAGAGCGCGGUGAUAUCGGACCGCCGGGAGUUCCUGGUGAAGAUGGGUUGAAAGGAACCCCUGGCGAUCGUGGUAGACGGGGACUUGAUGGCAGAAGAGGCCAGCCAGGACAACCUGGAAACCGCGGGCUUCCUGGAGACAGAGGCCAGGCCGGGCAGCCUGGUAUCGCAGGCUCAAGAGGUGCAGCUGGACCAGUCGGUACACGAGGACCCAAAGGGGAAGAUGGCAACCCAGGACCCAGAGGUCCUGGAGGUAAUCCUGGUCCAAACGGAGAAAACGGAAGAAGAGGACCUCUAGGUCGCAAGGGAGAACCGGGAGAACCGGGACCCAAGGGUGUGAUUGGACCGGUUGGCCCCCACGGAGAGCCUGGUCAAGAUGGCAGAGAUGGAAUCGGUUCGAAGGGAGAAAAAGGAAGGAAGGGUGAUGAUGGUUUCCCAGGAUUCCCUGGACUCAAGGGUGCAGCCGGAGACCCUGGACCCCGCGGAGGACCCGGACCCAGAGGGAACCGUGGACAAAGAGGUGUCUCUGGGGAUGUUGGAUCACCUGGACAGAAGGGAGAAGUUGGAUAUUCUGGACCUUAUGGGGCCAAAGGACCAAGAGGACCAGGUGUUGUGCAAUGUGACCUGGUCAAGAAGAUCAGAGAUAACUGUCCUUGCUGUUAUGGUAAGCAGGAAUGUCCGCUGUACCCCACUGAGCUAGCCUUCGCGCUGGACGUCUCCCAGGCCGUAGACCGCCAGGUCUUCAACAACAUGCGGGACACGGCCGCCCUCCUGGUCAGGAACAUCACCAUCGCCGAGAGCAACUGUCCAAGAGGAGCUCGCGUCGCUCUCACCUUGUACAACAACGAGGUGAUCACCGAGUUCCGGUUCGCCGACUCCAUGAAGAAGCGGUCGCUGGUGGAUCACAUCGAGGGGCUGCAGAAACCGCGGUCCAGUAAGGAGGCCAGUCUGGACACGGCCAUGAGCUUUGUGGCCCAGAACACCUUCAAGAGAGUACGCAGCGGCUUCCUGAUGAGGAAGGUCGCCGUCUUCUUUGUUGGUCAUCGUGUCAGGCAGACCCAGAGAAUCACCAACGCCGCCCUUCGCCUUCACGAUGCCGGAAUCGCCACGCUGCUGCUGGUGAACAGCGAGAGCAGAGAGCUGAGCCGGGCAGUUCAGGUCAACAACACGGCGCUGGCCCAGGUCAUCGUCCUUCCCUCCCCGGGAAGCUCCCAGUACAAGUCGGUCUUCCAAAAGAUCUUGAGCUGCCACGUCUGCUACGAUUCCUGCUCUCCAGACCAGCUUUGUGACUAUCUGCCUCCGUCGGCCAGCCGCGAUCGGCGAUCUCUGACGUCUGAUGUGGACAUCGACAUGGCGUUCGUCAUAGACAGCUCCGAGUCGACCUUCCCGUCCACCUUCAUCGAGAUUAAACGAUACAUCGCUCACAUCGUAGAGGCUCUUCACGUGUCUUCGGAUCCCACCGCCUCCGUCCAUCACGCCAGAGUGUCUGUCGUCCAGCAGGCUCCCUACGAGUUCAUGCACAACCGGACCGGCCAACCCAUCCGCGUGGACCUGGGCCUGACCGACCACGCCUCGGCUCAGGCCGUCGUCCGGUUCCUGCUGGACAAGACAGAGCAGCUGGAGGGCGGCCGCGCCCUGCCGGCGGCCAUCGAGGCCACCGUGGAUCAGGUGUUCGAGAAGGCGCCGCUGCAGCGCGACAGGAAGGUGAUGGUGCUGUUUGUGACCGGCAGCGUGGAGGAGGACGAGGAUCAGCUGGUCCGCAUCGCCAACGAGGUCAAAUGCAGAGGCUACUUCCUGGUGAUCUUCGGCGUGGGCGAGUCGGUGGGGCCCAGGGACGCUCACGUCCUGUCGCGCAUGGCGAGCGAACCCUCUGAUGUCUUCUUCAAGCGCCUCGACCUCAUUUCCCACUUUUAUGACAAACACAUCCAGACGUUUGGCCAGCUGUUUGCUAAGUAUAUCAGCUUUGAAAACCGACCUGAACAAUCUAAGACCUGUCAGUGGACGCAGAGCGACCAGCCGCUGAAGAGCCCCCUGCCACCUUCACAGCACCAGGAGAAACACCAGAAGCAUCAUGACGGCCACCAAGCAGUUCAUGAGAGAAAACUCAAUAACGCCGACGAGCUGCGCGUCUCCAACGUCACCGCCAGCAGCUUCACGUUGCGGUGGAGCAACCCCGAACCCAAACUGCUGGUCUACUUUGAGGUGGUGGUGACCCGACUGCAGGACCACACCCUGGUGGUGAAGACCAACGUUUCAGGCUCAGAGAUCGCGGUGUUCAACGUGGAGAGCUCUCAGACGUAUCACGCUGUGGUCACGGCGUACACAGCAGAGGGCCGGGUCGUCUCGGCCCGCAAGGGCAUCGUCACAACCAAAGCAGCCAGCCUCGGCAGCAGCACUGUAAAAACUACGCCGUUGGACAGACCGAGGUUGGACAAACCGGAGCCUGCUAGUGGCCUGGCAGACACCUGCUCACUUGACUUUGACCCGGGAAUGCCGUGCAAAGACUUUGAGGCUAAGUGGUUCUUUGACAGACAGAAUGGGUUCUGUGCAGAGUUCUGGUUUGGAGGUUGUGGAGGAAAUGAGAAUAGGUUCGACUCAGAAGAACUUUGCUUGAAAAACUGCAUGAGGUCAGCGCCGCAGCCUGAGCCAGAGGAGCAGCGAGGCGAACAGCUGGAGAUUCUCCCGGCUCCUGCUGCCAUUACGUCUGUGGACAUUUGCCAGCUUCCCAAAGAAGAAGGAAAAUGUGCAAAGUUUGUUCUGAAGUGGCAUUUUGAUGCCGCCAGCAGCAGCUGCAGCCGCUUCUGGUACGGCGGCUGCGACGGGAACCAGAACCGCUUUGACACGUAUGAGCAGUGCAUGAAGGCGUGUGGAGCCGCAGCAGGGAACCCGGGGCUCCUGGCCGCAGUGAGAACAUAGGAGUGGCGCCUCAACCUCGUCUGCAGAAGCGAAGGGCCGCACUGUAAGGACGCCUUGCUGAAGCAAUGGUGGCAGCACUGGACUCGACACACAUGAACUUUGACCCCCGACUUCCUGAAGUAGUCUGUUUGACGACGAGAUGUAAGGAAGACAGUUCGCUGCGUGAAAACUUUAAUCUAUUGGUGCUAAACGAGUUGAAUAAAUGCAGCAGUUUGUCUCGAACCAUGAAGUAAAACAGCUUUUAAUGUUUCUAUGAUGGAUCUGUAAUGAAUCCAACAGCAGGACUUGAACCUCGGUGACUUUCUCCACUGCAGCGCCGCGCAGCUCUUUACAUGCUCGUCACCCAGAAACCCGCCGCUCUGAUGUCCAGUUCAAGUCACUUCCAUUUCCGUUUCCUGCUACUUAAACAGAAUGUAACGUCACUCUGGUUUUUGGUUUUGUUUUGGUUUUCAUGAGGUUUGUCCGUCAGUCUGUCUGGGGGAAAUAAAAUGAAGUAGAGUUUGUAAUAAA